AUGAUAUCUGACGAGGACAUUUCGACUUUUCAGAGCGUUUGCGGUACAGAAAAUGAGGAGUUAUCAAGGCAUUUCCUUGAGAUGGCUGGAGGCAAUAUAGAGACAGCCAUCUCAUUAUUCUUUGAGCAUGGUGGGGAGCGGCAGUUAAACAGCGCGGGUUCUGGAGGAUCUGGAUCCAAUGGAGGUGGAAAUGCAAGAAUUGACUCAGAUUUGGGAGAUUCUGGAUCUGCAAUGAGAAGCGACGUUGAAUUGGCGGAAGAGUUACAAAGACAGGCCUAUCAAGAAGGCAGCGGUCAAGGCAGCGGAAAUGGUGAAGAUUACGGAUAUAGAGCUCCAGAUCAAGCAAGACAUGAAACUUUGGUCGAUACAAAUGUGUUUCCUGGUGUUUACGGAGGCGUAGGUGGGUCUUUUGGACCUUUGCGUGGGGCUAGAGACAUGUUUGACCAUUCAAGACCUUCGGGGAUCUUUAACCAGCAACUAGAUGUUGAUAUGCUACAGGGUCGUGGGAAUAAUGAUGAGAGUAGUUCUGAUUCAGCAUUUACAGAUGAGGAAAAUUAUCCAAGCAACGAAGAACAGUUUGAAUAUGUGGAAGAGAAUGUGGUGGAAAUCGAUGAUGAUGGUGAAUUGAGGGAGUACACUAAAUGGGUCAGAAAGCCAAAGCCGAUGUCCAAGGAAACAAGAUUGGCUCUAUUAUUCAGACCGCCUUUUGAUAUGAUGGCUAAAUACGAUCUAGAUGCAGCAAGACAGAAGGCCCGUAAAAAAAACAAAUGGAUUAUGAUCAAUAUCCAGUGUUCUGAUAUCUUUCAAUGCCAAAUGUUGAACAGAGAUCUAUGGUCAGACGCUAAUUUAAAAGCCUUCAUCAAAAAGAACUUUGUGUUUUUGCAAUACCAAUAUGAAUCGAGACUUGCAUCUGUGUAUAUUCAACGGUACGGACUUCAUAAUAGAGACGACUGUCCACAUAUUGCUAUUCUAGAUCCCAUGACAGGAGAAAGGUUGAAGUUCUGGAGCCGUGAAGUACCCAAAGUGGACUCUUUCAGACAGGAAUUAGAGACUUUCCUAGAAGAAUUUUCGCUAGACCCUAAGAGUACUAAUCCAACCGUAAAAGAACCAACGCCUGAAAUCGACCCAACUACUCUAAGUGAGGAGAAACAAAUGGAGUUGGCUAUCAAAGAGUCUCUAGGAGGUGCACAGGCAACACAGAAUCAACCUCCAUCGGAAAAUGAGGCCGAAGAAGAAUCGGAGGAGACAUCAGAAACUGCCAACUUGAAGUUGUUUAAUUCCAUUGAACCCGUAAAUCACCCAGAACCGGAUAAUAAGCCAGGAAUCACAACAAGAAUUCAAGUACGAACUGGCGACGGUAAAAGGUUAGUCAGGAGAUUUGACGCAAUGAACGACACCGUUAAAACAAUAUAUGAGGUUAUCAAGUCACACUGGCCUGAGUAUGCAUCAACGCCAUUCCAGCUUACCACUCACGCAAGGGAAAAUCUCAUUGAAAAAUUACAUGAAUCUAUUAACGAUGCUGGUCUAAAGAAUAGCUCAAUCUUGCUAGAAAAAAUAGUAGAUUAA